UAGUGUACCUCCCAUUUUAUUACCUUUGUCUUUUGCCUCCAUUCCAUCCCCAUCCACUAAAUGCUCUUUGCCUUCUCUUCUCUCCUCUCCUCUCCAUUACCCUUUUUCUCACUCAACUUUGCAGUUCCCUUUCUCCUUCUCCAAUUAGGGUUUUCCUCUUUGUAGCGAUAAAUCUGUGAGGUUAGGUAUAUCAUCACUUCACUGCCCAAGGCUGCCUUAUCUUGGUAGGAGCAAACAACUUCCUCCUCAAACACAGCUAGCUCAUUCCUAUAAGGGGAAAAGCAGUGAAGAUGGCUUCCUCCAGCUCUUACAAUUCACCCUGUGCUGCUUGCAAACUGUUGAGGAGGAAAUGCAUGCCAGGUUGCAUCUUUGCACCUUACUUCCCACCGGAGGAACCCCAAAAAUUUGUGAAUGUUCACAAGAUCUUUGGAGCAAGCAAUGUGACUAAGCUCCUGAACGAGCUCCUUCCUCACCAAAGAGAGGAUGCAGUGAAUUCCCUUGCCUAUGAAGCUGAGGCAAGAGUAAGAGAUCCAGUCUAUGGGUGCGUUGGUGCCAUCACUUUCCUGCAGAGACAAGUUCAAAGGCUCCAGAAAGAACUGGAUGCAGCUAAUGCUGAUUUGAUCCGCUAUGCCUGCAACGACAUUCCCACAGGCUUGCCUCAAGUGACGGGGGCGAGUACGGUUCAACCUCCUCUAACUCCCCGUAACAGGCUAGCUGAGUUUAAUAGAAGGGUUGGUAAUGAAGGAGGAGGAUUCUAUCAACUCCCUGGUGCUCUUCCUUAUUCUUUCCCUUGGAAUGAUGCCUCUUCAGGUGAUAUGAACGAUGGAGGUGGAGAAGGCGGUAUGUGAACCAACUUCAAUUUCAGAUAAUAUGCUCCGUUUAGGGUUUCCCUAUAUGGGGCAUAUGAUCUUGUUGGGAUGGGUGUUACUUUUGUCUGGUUUAUGGCUAGCCUGUGCGUUCUCGAGCUAGAGAUAUUGUCACUUAAGUACUUGUAGUAAUAUUGUUUGCCUUACUAUCAAAAUUUGGUGGGUGCAGUAAAACUCUUAUGGUUGUCCUGCUAAUACCAGGGGCUUAAAAUGUGUCAUCGGCAUUGUACUAUAUAUGUUGUGGGGAUUUGGACCUAAAAUAAGGGGGUAAUAGAGCUAUAUCUAUUAUGGCAACUGAACCUUUUGUUGCGUCAUUAGUGCAGCAGCAGCUCCGGGCGUGGGUGCAUGUGGAGUUGCUCUUCCCUUGUCAUUUGUUUUAUGCUUUAAAGAAUAAGUGAGAUGAAAUAGUUGCAGUGUUAAGGUCGAACUUUAAAAAGGAUUCUCCAAGCCUAAGUAGUCUAUGCCCUAGUCCUCCUUUACGCUAUUUAUUCUUACCUUUCUACUUUGUUC